AUGUUUAACGGCUGGAAUUUGAUUUGCUUCACCGCAGUUUUUUGGAGGCUUGCCAGUGGUGUUUGGUCCACGGAAGUUGCUGGAUGCCGUUUCCACCCAAGUCCAUCUCGUCGAAUUUUCUUGUUGAGUGAUAUUGCAAAUGAGCCCGACGACGCGCAGUCUCUUGUAAGAUUGCUAGUAUAUGCCAAUGAAUUUCACAUCGAAGGGCUGGUAGCCACUACAAGUUACUGGCUUAAUGACACCACGCGACCGGACCAGAUGCGAGAAAUUGUUGGAGCAUAUGGGCGAUCUUUGGAGAAUUUGCAACAGCAUGCUUCGGGCUGGCCAGAGACUGAGCAACUCUUGAGUCUUGUCAAAUCGGGAUCAACAAAGUACGGCAUGGAUGGAGUCGGAAAAGGGCAUGACAGUGAAGGCUCUUCUCUUCUAGUGGAAGCUGUUGAUUCAUCUGAUGAGCCUCUGUGGAUCCUCGUCUGGGGUGGUGCCAAUACCCUUGCACAAGCGCUUUGGCAUGUCAAUGCAACAAGGCCAGACUCAGAAAUCGAGACCUUUAUUUCCAAAUUGCGGGUCUACGCUAUAUCCGACCAAGACAACAGCGGUCCGUGGAUUCGGCGAAACUGGCCAGGCAUGUUCUACAUUGCCAGUGUACACCAUUUCAAUCGAUAUGCCAACGCAGCUUGGAGCGGAAUUUCUGGGGAUGACUACUAUCAUUUCCCGACCAAUGCAGACAAAGAGAUGGUCUCAACCUCCUGGAUAAGAGAAAAUAUCCAAAAUAUUGGACCCUUAGGCGCGAAGUAUCCCAGUGGAGAAUUCAUUAUCGAGGGCGAUUCUCCGUCUCUCCUCUAUAUGAUUCCUAAUGGAUUAUCAGACCCCGAGCAUCCUGAAUGGGGCUCCUGGGGAGGUCGCUACGGACCCGUGGUAUGGGGUGAAGGCCACUUUGCGGACAGCACUGAUACGAUUGUUGAUGAAAAUGGCCAUCAUAUGAUGGGGUCCCAGGUAACAGUGUGGCGAUGGAGGGCCGCGUUCCAAAACGACUUCAAGGUUCGGAUGCAAUGGGGGAUUCAACCGAAGUUCAACAACGCCAAUCACCAUCCCAUUGUCACUCUAAAUGGAAGCUCAACCCGCGAUGUUCUUCAAUAUACUGUGAAUCCCGAUGACCGAGUAAUCUUGGAUGCAUCGAGGUCUUGUGAUCCGGAUGGUGACACACUCUCCUUCAAGUGGUGGCAGUAUUUGGAGCCGAGUUCCAAUAACAAUUCCCCGAAGCGGGAUGUGACGAUAUUAUCCUUUGAAAAAGUGGACGAUCCUAUCAUUGCUGUUACUGUUCCACCCGAGGAAGUUGUCAAAAAGGAGGGACGCGGCGCUCAUCCAAACGCAGACAAGCAUUUGCAUAUCAUAUUGGAGGUGUCAGAUGGUGAGUUGGUGACUUAUCGGCGGGUUAUUUUGAAUAUUAAAGGCAGGGAAGAAACCAGACACCAAGAAGUUUUGCCAAAGGGGCACGAUGAGCUAUAG